GACCUUUGUCACCCCGAAUCUCCUGAAGAGUCUUUGCAUAUGCUCUCUAGUAUAUCCGCGGCAAUAUCUCACAAACCUCACGAGCUGGAAUACAUGCGCCUCCAGGGCGUCUUUUCCAAACUUCCAGACGAUGUGUGCGACGAGCUAGUGCGAUGCUACUUUCAGCAUGUCCACUUCUUCCUCCCUAUCAUCGAUGCUCCUGCGUUUCUCAACGAGUAUUGUAGUAAUGGUUCCCGCAACGUGAGCUUGCUGCUGUAUUGGAGCAUGCUCUUGGCCGCAGCAAAUUUUGUUGAUACAGACGUCUUGCAAAAGGCAGGUUUCACCAGUAGGAAGGCCAUGAAAACCGCCAUGUAUGAACGUGCCAAAUGUCUCUACGAUGUCGACCGAGGAAGUGAAAAGCUAGUUCUCAUCCAGUCAGUCAUUCUAUUGGGGUUUUGGUAUACCGACCCCCAAGACCACACUGGAUCCUGGUAUUGGAUAGGGAUUGCCAUUUCUCUAGCCCAAAGCAUUGGCCUCCACAGAUCUUCUCGCCUGAGAGGGCGUGCACAGAAGCCUCUUUCGACUGCACGAGAAUCUCUGAUGCGGCGCAUAUGGUGGGCAUGCGUUGUCAGAGAUCGAUGGGUAUCUUUGGCUCGGGGGCGUCCAAUGCGCAUUCACAGUGAAGAUUGCGAUACACCAUUUCCUGUGGCAGAGGACGUUUUGAACGAGCUAGAAUCUGUUGGAAGCCCAGAGAGCGCCAAGUUUAUCCCCACCGACUCGAGAGCUCUGACUGAGAUGUGGAUCCGGCUUGUGAAGAUAUGCGAUACUCUGGGAAACGUUGUGAGAGUUCAUUAUCGUGUGAAUGGGAUAAUACCUACGAUGGCGGAGAUUGACAAAUAUGCAAAAGAGCUACAAGCGCUGGCGCAAGACGACGUCAUCUCGGGCGAUUCUAGUGAAGAGCUGAGCAUUCAUGCAUAUCAGAUCGAUUUGCUUUACCAAGCUUCAAUCGCAAUACUUUAUAGGCCUUACGCCUUGAGUCGAUCCAGCUCUCUUCCAGCUGGAGCACUUGCACACUGGCGACAAACGGCUACUACCAGAGCUCGUGAAGCUGCAUCAAAUACGAAUGGGCUGUUGCAGAGCCUCAUUGAGCUUGACGCUAUACGAUACUUGAAGCCAAUGAUAAUCACGGCAAUGAUACCGGCUAUGCAGAUUCAUCUGUACGAUUGCAAAUCUGCCAACUCUCUAAUCCGCGGCCUCGCAGAGAACAAACUCCAGCUGCAUAUGCUGGUGCUCUCAAAUCUGAGAGGGACGUACUGGAGCGCAGAUGUCAUGUAUCGACUGUUUGAGCGAGCUCAGACCAUCCUCAAGAAGG